AUGGAUUCUGAAACAGCGUUAGAGCUUGUCCAGCACGGUGUCACUCUUCUCUUCCUCGAUGUUCCUCAGUACACCAUGGUCGCCAUCGAUACUCAGAUGUUCUCUGUGGGGCCUGCUUUUAAGGGUAUUAAGAUGAUCCCUCCUGGCACUCAUUUUGUGUACUAUAGUUCAUCAACCAGAGAUGGGAAAGAGUUCUCACCAAUUGUUGGAUUCUUCAUUGAUGCUGGCCCUUCAGAGGUAAUUGUUCGUAAAUGGGAUCAACAAGAGGAAAGGUUAGUCAAAGUAUCUGAGGAAGAGGAAGAAAGAUAUAGUCAAGCUGUUAAAAAUUUGGAAUUUGACAGACAACUUGGGCCUUACAAUCUUAGCCGUUAUGAAGAUUGGAAACGAUUAUCUAAUUUUAUAACAAAGAGUGUCAUUGAGCGGAUUGAGCCACUUGGAGGUGAAAUUACUGUUGAAUGUGAAAAUGAGAUUGUUAGAAACACUACUAAAAUCCCAAUGGAAGAAGCACUAGAGAAGCAGGUGAAAGUUGGUAAUUCUGCAACAUCUGUUGGCAAGUCUCAGAGGAAAGGAUGUUAUUAUACCUCAAUUCCACGUAUUGUUAAAUGCAAGGGUAUUAGUGGGCAGGAACUUACUUCUUUAAAUCUUGACAAGACUCAAUUGUUGGAAACUUUACUUGCAAAAGAUUAUGGAGGUUCCGAAGACAUGCUUCUGGGAGAACUGCAGUUUGCAUUUGUUGCCUUUUUGAUGGGGCAAUCACUUGAAGCAUUUCUCCAAUGGAAGUCAUUAGUGAGCCUUUUGUUUGGCUGCACUGAAGCACCUUUCCGCACUCGAACUCAACUAUUUACAAAGUUCAUAAAAGUCAUCCAUAAUCAACUAAAAUAUGGACUACAGAAAGAUCGCAUGGAUGAAACAGGAUCAGCAUUGUUGGAUGAUUCUUUGAUUUCCAGUGAUAGCUUUUUGCACCAUGUUUGCAAGUACUUCUUUUCAUCAUUGCUAGAUGGGUCGGUUGUUGAUGGAGAUCUUUUAAAAUGGACAAGGAAAUUUAAGGCGCUUUUGGAGAGCAGUCUAGGGUGGGAGUUUCAACAGGGUAGUGCUGUUGAUGGGAUAUAUUUUGAGGGGAAUGAUGAGUUUGCUCCCGUAGUUGAGAUGGUGGAUGCUGAAGCUCUAAUUUCAAUAUAUUCAUGCCAAAGUCAACGGUGUGGUCUGGCAUUGAAGUGUGGGCACACUGGCACUGCUUCACUUUCUGCCUCUGCCAUGCUUACUUUCUGCUACUAUCCUCUUCAUCACCACCUUACUCUUCAAGCAAGUGGAAAAUUUAGUCAACCCAGUUGUGGUUUUGUUUUGUACCUCUCUGGAUGGUCAAAAGUCAAAAGCAUGAAGUUUCCAAGAUCACUCCUAAGGCGGCGGUUAAAUCCGCGGUUGACAGCUAACCUUCAUGUGGGAAUAGCGUUCCUUUCACACUUGCAUUCUUGUUUUUUCUCCUUUUCACGGGCUCUCUCUUCUUUUCUUUUUGCUUCUCCAUCUACAUUUCUCAUCUGCACCACUUUUCAGAACUUCAACUUGUUACUUAUUUACUCCCCCCCUUCUCUCUCUCUACCUUCUGUGUUCUUCUCCAGUUCUCUCUUCAUGGGGUGCUGCUUCAGUGCCAAGAUCAAAGCUGAGAGCCCUCCACGUAACGGUUUGAGUUCCAAGGAUGGUAACAAAGAAGAGGAUGGCAUUAGCAGCAAGUUCUCCACUCCCUCCGUGCCUCCAACUCCACGGACAGAGGGUGAGAUCUUGAAAUCCUCAAAUAUGAAGAGCUUCACCUUUGGUGAGCUAAGAACUGCUACAAGGAACUUUCGUCCGGAUAGUGUGGUGGGUGAAGGUGGGUUUGGUUGUGUUUUUAAAGGGUGGAUAGAUGAGCAGUCACUUGCACCAGUUAGACCAGGGACUGGAAUGGUCAUUGCUGUGAAGAGGCUUAACCAAGAAGGUCUGCAGGGACACAGUGAAUGGUUGACAGAAAUCAACUACCUGGGGCAGCUGCAUCAUCCUAAUCUUGUGAAACUGAUUGGUUACUGCUUAGAGGAUGACCACAGGCUUUUGGUGUAUGAGUUUUUGACCAAGGGAAGUUUGGAUAAUCAUUUAUUUAGGAGAGCUUCUUACUUUCAACCACUUUCUUGGAACAUCCGUAUGAAGGUUGCUCUUGAUGCUGCUAAGGGUCUUGCAUAUCUUCAUAGCGAUGAAGCUAAAGUGAUAUACCGAGACUUCAAAGCGUCAAAUAUCUUACUUGAUUCAAGUUACAACGCAAAACUUUCUGAUUUUGGCUUGGCAAAGGAUGGACCAGCAGGUGAUAAAAGCCAUGUCUCUACAAGGGUAAUGGGCACAUAUGGCUAUGCUGCUCCUGAAUAUAUGGCCACAGGUCACUUGACAAAGAAGAGUGAUGUAUACAGUUUUGGGGUUGUUCUGCUUGAAAUUAUGUCUGGCAAACGUGCCCUUGACAGCAACAGGCCAAGUGGGGAGCACAAUUUAAUUGAAUGGGCCAAACCAUACCUCAGCAACAAACGCAGGAUCUUCCAAGUCAUGGAUGCUCGCAUUGAAGGCCAAUACACGAUGCGCGAAGCUAUGAAAGUAGCCAACCUUGCCAUUCAAUGCCUCUCUGUGGAGCCAAGAUUUAGGCCAAAAAUGGAUGAAGUGGUGAGAACAUUGGAGGAACUUCAGAAUUCUGACGACAAAGGUGGUGCAGGGGUGGGGAGCUCUCGUGAUCAAACUGUGAGAAAGAGUGGCCAUAGCUCAAGCAGCAGUGGCCACAGACAACAUAGAGGAGGUAAACAACAUGAGACAGCACAGAAGUGA